GUUACGGAUCUUUUGUUUACAUACCAUACCAUCAUGGCAUCAUGUCUAGAAAAAAAAAUUAAUUUUUAUUUUCUUGUACUAUUUGUCUUUUAAACAACUAUUUAACUUUUCUAAUGAAUUGACAUGAAAUCAUAUAAUACCAACUUUUUUCUUUGAUGAAAACUGUAGCCGCAAAAUAUAAACUAUGGCUCCGAAUGGUAAUUGCGGUUUGAACGGUGCGGGAUAAACGGUUUAACUGCGGUGCGGUUUUAACAGUUAUAAAAACGUAUAGAUAUAUGGUAUAUGUAGAGAUUUUUGUUACUGUUAACUACGGUGCGGGGCGUAGGCGGCCUACGAAAUAAAUAAAUGUAUUUCAGCAUCCUUUGGUAUUCAUGAAAACGACAUAAACUUUAUUAUAAUACAAAGUUAGUAACGUUAACUAUUAUAUGAAUUAAAUCGAUUGGGAGAUUUGAUUACUGGUUUCGUGACUAAAUACACUCGUCCUCUGUUCUUUGAUUCCUCGAUAAUUUUGAAUAUAAUAUGAUACCCUGCAUAUACAAAUUAUCAACAUUAACAAACAUUAUGAUAUCUUGCCACUAUAAGUGUGUUUAAAAUAAAACAUUUUGGUCGGGAAUGUAACGUUAAUAGUUGUUUGAUGAUGGGAUCAUACUGUGAUAUUUGGAUCUAUCACAUAACAAGUAUACAAGCAAGAUAAGGGUUUUCUGUUUAGCUUGCAUCAACGUAUAGUGCCAUAUUUAUAUCAGAUGCAAUGUUAAUUUGAUAUUCUAUAAUCAUAGUAAAAACACUUAACUUAAUUUGUUCUUGAAGUUAAGAAUUAAGUUCAUUUAUCAGUUUAAGAUCUAACUGUCGGAUGAAACAAGCAGGUACGCUUCACACACACAUUUUAAACGUAUGGAUUGGAUCCUUACGUAAAUCUACUAAAUUGAUAGCCGCUAAGUGAGCAGCUUAACCCUUAAAUAAAUUACUUUAUUUAGUAUCACCCACUCUGUGACAAAUAAAUACAUAAAUAGCAAUGCUAUUAUAGCAUCAACCACUCACUCGUGGUGGCCUAUGUAGGACUACACACUCGAAUCAGUGGGAGAUUAUAACUUUGUAUUAUUGGAGGUACGAAUCUGCCGUCACAUUGAUGACAUUGCUAUUUUGAUAUCCUACAUAUUUCUUUUAGAUAAAAAUACAACUCAUAGCACCCAAAGAUCCUCUUAAAGCCAAAACAGUUCCACAGCCAAACAGAUUAAAGCAUCACCCUAUGGAUUUUGCAUCUUCUUCAGCAGAUUUUGCCUAUGAAAAUGAGCUAGAUCUCUCGAGUUUGAUGACUCCUUCAACGUUUAUACCAUUCCAAGAACCUAACCCAUCUAUUCCGACCAUUCAUUGUGCCGGUGCUGAAAACGAUGGAAGACAGAGAAUCCGUGAGACAACCACCACCGAUGAAAUCAUCACAAACGAAGAUGUUGAGCCGAAGAACAAGAAAGCAAAACGUAGAGAGAUUGAGAGACACCGAAGACAAGAAGUCACGUCUCUUUUUGGGAAUUUAAGAUAUAUAUUGCCAUCUCAAUACAUUAAGGGUAAGCGUUCUUCAUCGGAUCACGUUCAAGAAGCUGUGAAUUACAUCAAAGACUUAGAAAAGAAGAUCAAAGAGAUCAGCUUGAAAAGAGACCGAAUAAAGAGAUCUCUUUCUCAUUCAUCUUCAACAGGAGAGUGUUCUAUUAGAUCAUUAGAAUCAUCAUAUUGUUCUUGUGAUGGAGACACGCAUAUAAAUGUUAAGGUCAGGACUUGUUUGGUCGGUAUCGAAACCGUAGCAAGUUGCUGUUUCAGACAAGAAUCUUGUCUUUCAAGUAUUCUUCAGUUGCUGGUUCAAGAACAAUGCCUUGAUGUUGUUAGUUGUAUCUCAUCUAGACUGCACCCAAGAUUCAUACACACCAUUGUUUGCGAGGUGGAGAAAGGAAUGGAAGUUAACUUCUUAGAACUUCAAGAAAAGUUGAUUAAAACAGGAAAAUUAUAUCACAUCAUGUGACUAUUCUCCAGCUGUAAUCGUAAAAACUUCUUUGAUGCAUUAUAGUUUGGUCUUGAAUUCGCUGUCACCAACUCAGAAAAAUCUAUCUUAUUUAGUUUUGUAUGUUAUUGUAUAUUAUGCUUUCUUUCGAGAGGAUGGAAAAUUCCCUCUAUCAGAACAAGUUUUAAUGUGUGAGAGUUAAGUGGUGUUCCAAAAAAAAGGAAAAUUAUGUUCAUAUGGAUGCUAACAUACUAUAUGCAUGUUUGUAUUUCAUUUUGUUAUGAAACUUUAUUUAUAUUAAUUGCGUUUUAAACCGAACAUUGGUUUAUGAUUACAAGAUAAAGAUUCAAAUUAUAUAGUUUAUUACUUUAUUAAACAAUUUCCAAUGGAUUACUCUAUUUGUUCUUCAAAAUAGAAUAACUCUAUAAUAAAAUUGAGUUUUACUCUAAUAAUAUUUAUUUAUAGUAAAAAGUAGAAUGAUGAAUAAAAAUAAAUGAACUAUUUUAUUAUAAAAAUAAACAUUUAUAUAUUGUAACCCUUCUAUUAUAGAUGAAAAAAUAAAAUAAAAGUAUAAAUAUUUUCUAAA